AUGGCAGACAUACCCAGCAACAGCCCUCAACCGCAUGCAGGUGGUCUGCUGCUGCUCUCUGUCGACCACUCACCUCAUAGCAGCUGGGGUGGUCGAAUCGUCCUGAUAGGUUCGGUAAAUGAAGACUGUCGCAUGCCCCUCACCUGCCUCACUCAAAAUCCUAUGUCGGCCGCGGCGCCACAAGCGAUUCGAGGUCAAGAGAUGUGGUCGACGUACGUGAAGACGAUGGUCUUCUCAACACCUCCGGUCCGUGGCUGGUUCGGAUUGAGGCCAACUCGUUAUGCAGAGACCAUGCCGAUGCUGAGACAUGAAUGCGCGCAAAGAGGCGAGUGCUGCGGGAGUGAAUAUAGUUGUAGACCUGGUAUUAGUAUCAUGCUGAGUAAUUGGGUCAUGACCAACCUGGGAAUGCCCUGUCCUGCUAUCACUAUCCAUGGAUUGACCCUGCUGGGCUAUCGCUGGCUGCUCAGAGAUCAACGAUUCCAUGCAGGCGGAGGUGAUGACGAUAAGCCCUGGAGGCAAGUGUGGUGUGCUGCGCUGGAGCUAUGGCGGAUGCUGCCUGCUUGGAAAGUUGAAGGAUGGGGAAAGGAUGGAGACAGAUCACAUUACUGUACGGAGUGUACGAGCGGUGCUGAGGAUGUCCCCCUCGAGGACUGGAGGCGACGACCCAAUCUGUUCUGUGCAGCCAACAGCCAGCAGCCAGCAGCCAGCAGGUGCCCCCGGUGGGUUCAAGUAUCGCCGACGCCCGCGGAUCUCACUCCACUUGCACUUCCAUCCGCUUUUAUCUUUAGAACACACUUCUUCCCCAGCUUUCAGUUGGGCAUCAACGCCGGGAAAAUCUUCGUCUACCUGGGCACUAUCACCACUACUACUACCACUACGCCAGCACCACAAUACCCGUGGACUGUAUCUCAUCACACACUGUACAACCGCGCCCACGAGUACCGUACUGGCCCGAGGAGGUUUGCCGUUGGCCGACGAGCGCGUUGGGAGUGGAGGAUCUACUGCGGUCACGACCACGACGACGUGUUGUCGUUGUUGAUCAUCACUGCGAUUGACGUUGUCUUCGUCAUCGUGGCUAUAGCCUUUUUCACAUUCUCUCGGUCGUUCAUCACCACCACCACCACCAUCACCAUCGUUUCCUCCGUCUUCCAUUCCCUCACUCCUGCUUUUGCCGCUUGCUGCCCAUCGUGCAUGCUUCCGCCUAUAGCAUCGCUCGUCGGCUCGGCCCAAACCAUCUUCUCCCGUCCGGCAUCGUCCAUCAUCACCAAUCUCUAUCAUUGA